GGGGAUGAUUAAGCGGACCAGUAGUUAUCCUGCAGUACUAUCGUCCUAUGACAGAAAACCCCGCACUCUAUUAUUUAACUUCACGCGAUGUACAUAGAAGACUGACUCAGCUGUACCUCAGGGCUAUCGUCCAAAAGAAGAAAAAUCACCGGAUAUCUAUCACAGAUUUCAAUAGUUAUUUCGCUAAUCGGUAAAGAAGAGUAUACUACCGCCUGAAAAGAACAGAAGCAGUCCUCUUUAAAAAGAGUAUCUUUUUGUGACAGCUCAAAUUACCAGUCUCAGUCAUAGUGGGUGACAUAGUAACACUGCAAUGGCUGGCGAUUGUGAAGCAUGCAGACGACGCUUUUCGGUUCCGAAAAGGCUGAUAUUUGUUGGAAUUAUCUUUUAUAAUAUAUUUUUUGGACUGACAGGGGCCGCCAAAAACGACAUCCAGCAGAAGGUGGACAGCGCGAGCUAUUUGAUGAAGUACGGCUACUUUCCCCCUGAUGACGAGCGGUCUGGGUCGCUCCGAUCUCCCGAGUCUAUCAAACAAGCCGUCCAACAAUUUCAGAGAUUCGCGGGGCUUCCUGACACAGGAAUCCUGGACACGGCGACAGUUGAAAUGAUGAAGAAGCCUCGUUGUGGAGUCAAAGACAAUGUCGGAAACGCCAACAAAGCGCGCAAGCGCCGCUAUGCUUUACACGGAAGCAAAUGGUCAGAAAAAGACCUCACAUACCGAAUUUCUAAAUACAGUGACCAAAUGACGAAAGAGGAGGUGGAAAGAGAACUCCAACGAGCAUUUGACGAAUGGGCCAAUGUGACGCCUCUGACCUUCACCCUUGUAACAGGAAAAGCGGAUAUGGAUAUCAGAUUUGAGAGAAGAUAUCAUGGAGAUAAUAACCCGUUUGAUGGAAAGGGUCAAACUUUAGCGCACGCGUAUUUCCCUCGAUAUGGGGGUGACGCCCACUUUGAUGACGAUGAGAGAUGGACGCUGAAUAUUCCUAGAGGUGUGAACUUCUUUCAAGUAGCAGUUCAUGAAAUAGGUCAUUCUCUGGGCCUCGCCCAUUCGGAUGAUUACAAGGCGUUGAUGGCCCCGUUUUACAAAGGCUACACGCAGCAAUUCCGCCUGGACAGAGACGACAUCGAGGCUAUACAGACCCUGUAUGGAACACCUGCAUCAAGACGAAAGCCAAAAUCCAAACCAAGACCCAGACCGACCCAGAAGACGGUCCUGCCAAGGCCGACCAAGGCGACAGUGGCUAGUAUUCCGGAAAUCUGCAGGGACCCCUCUAUCGACGCCAUAACAAAAACCCAAGACGGCAGUACCUAUGUAUUUAAAGGGAGGCACCACUACCGACUUAACGGGAAGGGGAUAGACAAGGGCUACCCACGACUCAUUUCCUGGGACUGGAAGGGAGUCCAGGGUCCGGUGGAUGCAGUCCUCACCUGGGAAAACGGAUUUACUUUUAUAUUUAAGGGUACGAAAUACUGGAAGUUUUUAAAUAGAAGGCGAAUAUAUGGACCGAAUGAAAUAAAAGACGGGUUUAAGGGAGUUCCGAACAACAUAGAGGCCGCCAUGGUGUGGGGAGGCAACGGCAAAACCUACUUCUACAAAGGAGGCCAAUACUGGAGAUAUUCAGGUCGCAGUGUUGAUUUCGGUUACCCCAGACCCACAACACACUGGAGAGGACUUCCGGGGAAAAUCACGGCAGCCUUCAAAUGGACCAAUGGAAGAACGUACUUCUUUAGUGGGAGAAAAUAUUACCGCUUCAACGACCAGCUGUUUAUGACUGACACCUCCUAUCCCAGAGAAAUAUCAACAUGGUGGCUGGGAUGCCCGGAUCAAGGAACUAACGCCGACAUCAAAGACCCUUACGUCAAGAUCGAAACCAAUCGCCCGGAUGAACAGUGGAUCAUUAUUGACGACGAAAACGUCAGUCCUCCCCAACCACAGGCUAACCACUCUUAUCGUCUGUUUAACCCCUUAUCGUCUGCUUAUUCUGUCAUUUUGUGUUUAGCAUUUUUCCAUAUAAGUCGAUGGCGAUUUCCUUGAUUAUGAUGACGAGGAUAAGGGGAAAAAAGGUUUCGGCGAGGAGAAACGUACGACGCGAAACAGCAAGUUCUGAAGACAGACAGACGGGCGAAUUGUUGAUCAAUUCCGCCAUUUGUAUGUUAAAGGUCGUUAACGAUUGAGAAAGUCGGGAUUGUGUACAUUCCUACUGAACUUUUCCGCGGGAAAAAGUCCAUCAAUAUGACGCCCUAAUCCGUCCUUGUCACGUGAGAAUAAAGAGAGCUGUGAUACUAGAGUUGUGCUACAUACAUUUUACGAAAUUCAUCUUUGUUUACAUGUAUAGUUAAUUCCACAUCGACCACAAGUACACAAAGGUCAUGUAAACGAUAUAAACGUUAAAGAUAAUCCAAGAAUCAUUCCAAACAGAAUAGAGUUUAAUAUAAAUCAUUAUGGGGGGAAUAAUAACUUAUCUACCAGUGUUAUAAAUACAUUGUGAUUAGCGUGCAUUAUUUCAAGCCUGUGUGUGUGAUGUUAAGAUGUCGGAAUGAAUGAUUUGUGUGAACGUGUGAUUAUCUGCUGCAAGAUGAAAGUCGUCUGUCUGAUAUUUGACAAACGAGGUCUGCCUGUCAUUUAAUGUAUUCCUGAUAAAUAUGUCAAUCCGCAUUUUCGUUAUUCUAGUCGCCCUGUUAACACUGAAAUGUGUAUACAUUGUAUUUCCAUUGUGCAAAAUGUGUUGUUAAUAAUACAGUCACUACAAUGAAGUUUACUGUUCAUUUAACAAACAUUUCACAGAUAUUUAAACAUAUUUAUCCUCAUGUUUAUGAUUAACAUGCGUUAUCAUAGAAAUGUUUUAUACUUUUUUACUAUUAAAAUUUUACAAUAUCAAA